AUGCCGGUUGGAGAGCAGAAGCUUGAUGAGUCCUUUUCAUCGGGAAAUGAUAGUGAGGAACUUUUGAAGUCUAUUAAACCCAGAACUAUUUUUGAACGAGUCAAGGUUAUUUACACAAGGGAUGAGAAUUCAUUUCUUAGCCACAAAUGCUUCUCGUACUUGAUCUCUGAAGGUUUACUUGAUAUGCUUAAAAAUGGUAAGAGAAACAUGGAGGAGAAUAAUUUAAUCAAAGUAAGUAUUGAUGACGAUAUCGCUUGGGAAUUUCGCAAAGAAGGCUAUUGGGUUGGGAUUAUUACAAAUGACCUCGAAUAUACAGACUUUGAAUUAUCAUUUAUCAAGUUACUUUUAUCUACUUCUAGAGUGAACUUUCCAAUUCAAAAUGAGAAUAACCAAAAUAUCACCUCUUUGAUUGCGGAGUUAUUUGUCAAGGACUUAAAAAACACAACUGAGUAUGACGAGUGGCAGUUUGGAGGCUCCGACUAUUUUAAGUCAGUUGUUGAUUUUUUCACAAGUCGGAAUACUGCCAUUCAAGCAGUUCUCCCAGCAUUUCCAUGCAAAUCGUCAAAUCUUGAGAAAGUCUCAGGACCACUUCCCGACAGAGGAGAGCAGAUGGCUCUUCAGAAGCUUAUCACAUUUGCACGAAAAGUGAAGGAAAUAUAUAAACCAGGGAUAAAACUUUGGAUUGUGAGCGAUGGACAUGUUUUCAGUGAUUGCAUUGCUGUCGACGACGACCAAGUAAAUGUGUAUUCAUCAGCACUAAAAAACUUGUAUCAAACACUUAAAUCAGAUGAUGAGGACCCAAUUCAAUUUAGUUCGCUAGUUGAUAUCUUCUCCUUGAAUAACUCACUGUUCAAGGAGACUACACUAAAGGAUAUCCAAAUUGGACACUACUUGGACACCAAAAUUGACGAGGAGGCUGAAAUCUGUCGAAAAAUCUUGGUGACAAGUUGUGAUACCGAUAGUGGCUCUUUGAUGAGGGACAUUAAUACUCCUAAACACCCUAGGCUAUAUUUGUACAGAGGCUUUUCAAGAUUCAUGACUGAGGACUUGGAAUUUCAUCCAAUCGCUACCAAGUUGUCCAGAAAGAAGUUUAAAAAGAUAAUCUCUAAGGUUGCCUUUGAGAUGAUCAAACGAAACGACGCAUAUUCGAACUUGGUUGAACUAUUUUUUCCUUUUUGCUUGAGGUUAUCCAUUCAUGCUCACAAGAAUUGUGGCCCUAAGUUCGGUAUAAAACUUCUUGAUUCGAACAAUUGUUUAGUCAUUAACUCUCUUGAAGACCACAAGGCGCCCAUACUCACCGACUUGUUACAUAUACCAACUCCAUGGCAUAACUCAAUUGUCGAAAUUGACGAUAAGAAGGUUUUGUAUGCCAUCAAAUCUGGUCAUAUUAAAAAUGGUCUUGAGCAAGGAAAAGGUUCCGGAGGGUGGAACCUGGAAAAAAUGUGCUUUGAGCUAAAAAAUUUGAAAUUAAAUUAA